UGUCAUUUCCGUUGCGCCAAACUCGUAUUGUAUGGCGCGCUCAAGCAAACUUCAAGAUGUCACAUAUACGGUAGAUAACACAAACUCAAUCCCGUCACUAAGAUUCCCUUUUGUUGAAUCGCGUCCUCAGUAAAAAUACAACGUUCACCAACGCCGACUGGAGCCAUCGGACGUUAGCGGUAUCGGCUAACUUAGCAUGGAAAUACAGUAGUCGUUUGUCCUGGAUUGUGUUCACGCUAGGAAGCCAGACCAGAUUUGACUACUUUGGCCAACAUGAACAGAACCAAACUGAAGAUUCCCAAGGUGACGCCAGGAGGACAGAGAGACAUCUCUACUUUCUUUACCCCUGGAAACAAGGCUUUACCCCCAAAGUCACCAGGAAAAAGCUCUGUGCUCCAGGUCCAAAAUGGAGGUGUCCUCCCCACUGAAGCGUACUCUCCGUUAAAGAGGAGCAUCCUCAGGGAUAUUGAGAACUUUCUUCCCUCCUCUCCAGACCUCCUCCUGGUUCCCGAGACCCCAAGUAGUCAAAUGUUACUUUCGCUCUCCAGAGGCCACAAAGACCUGAGCCCUGAGCCCAGGAGAGAAACAGCGACUGUGUGGAAACCUGUCCACUUGUCCCCUGUCUGUCCAAGUCCCUGCUCCAAAGGUCUGAGUGUAAUGUCAGACAGUGAAAGGGGGAGUUCUGACUUGUUCAAAAGGCUCGUCAGUCCUUCCGAAGAGCUCCGUGAAGCCAAGAGGCCAAGAACUGCUAAUGCAUUGGAACACAGCCCCGACAAAGAACAUAAACAUGGGGGCGAGACUGUUUUUACAGCCAUAAUUGAGCAGAAGACGACAGAAAACAAAAGUGAGGCCGUCUAUGUGCACACACCUGACGGGCAAGCCGACACACCUGCAGAACAGACACAUGUCGAGGAAGGACAGGUUGACUUUGUGGAGAAAGAUCCAACGGCCUUGGAAUCUUCAGAUGUGGUUCGGCACAAACUGAAAUCACCCAAUGAGAAGCCAGCAAGAGGUGAAACUGUGACCACUUCAGCAUUUCCCAUGCAAGAGGAUCUGGAGGAGAGCUGGUUCACAGAGCAGAUGGAGCCAAGUGGAUGUCUCCUCCCCAAGGAGAAACCCUGUAAGUUACCAGAUCACGUGAUCCUCUGUGGCGGUCCAAACAACCGCUACUGGGUUUUAAACGUGGAGGAGAAGCUGAAUCAAAAAAUCCUGACCAUCACGCACUUCAGAUCUCUGCAGCCCACUGAGACGUGUCUGCUGAAGGACGGAUGGGAGAUGACUCCCGUUGGCCGCGGUGAUGUGGUCCACCUUGAGGGCCGCGCUGAUGCCGGAUCCUGGGUGGUGGACCAAGAACAAGGCCUGCUGGUUUUACUUCCCGACAGUCUUGUUUCAGGCACCAGCAUCUCCAGCUCCAUCCGCUGUAUGAGGCGGGCGGUGCUCGGGGAAAUGUUUAAGAGUUUCGACGGCGCCUCCAAACAGAUGCUGAACGGCACCAUCAUCCACAAAGUUUUUCAGAGAGCGGCCACAGCUAAAGAUUUCUCUCUGGGUGCUUUGUCGAACAUGGCCGAGGAUGCUCUUCACAGUCCCCAGCAUCUUGGUGACAUGUACAGUUUGGGUGUCACUCAGGAGGAGAUGAAACAGGAGCUGUAUGAUUACCUGCCCUCAUUGGAGCUCUGGGCAAAGGAAUACCUUACCUCACCAACAUCAAAAGCCAUCAGUCUCAAAAUCCCAAGCAAUGGCGGGAUUGCAGGCAAGACGCAGGACUCCGCCACCGCUACCAUUUCAGAGCUGGCCGACAUCGAAGAGAAUGUGUGGUCGCCGCGAUUUGGUCUCAAAGGGAAGAUCGACUUGACGACACGAGUUCGAAUCCAAAGGACCCGAAACGUCAGUCACAAAUCCUCUGAAGUGAUGACCAUCCCCUUGGAGCUGAAAACUGGAAGGGAGUCCAACUCAAUAGAACAUCGUAGUCAGGUGAUUCUGUACACUCUGAUGACAUUGGAGAGGUACAAUCCUGCAGCCGGUUUCCUGCUUUACCUGAAGACUGGAAACCUGCAUCCUGUUGUGGCCAGCCACAUGGACCACAGAGAAUUGCUGAAACUGAGGAACACCAUGGUUUAUUACGUCCACAACCGUGUGCGGAAGGGUGUGGGGGGAAGUCGCCUGGCCAGACUUCCUGACAUGGUGACGGACAAAAACACCUGCCAUUAUUGCCCUCAAAGAAGAAACUGUGCUCUGUAUGAAAGGGUGUUGGAAGGCCCGUCCACAGAUAUCAGUGAUGACUUGAUACAACUGGAGACGGGUCACCUGGCCGCUACACACUUGGACUAUUUCGCCCACUGGUUGCUGCUCUGCAGUCUCGAGGCCGCCAGCAUGGAGGCCAGGAAUGGCCGAAAGCGUGUAUGGCUACAGACACCCGAGGAAAGCGAGAAGAAAGGAAGUUGCAUCGGGAACCUGCAGCUGCUCGCCUCUACGAGCGUCCACCCAGAGGGCGUUUUCCUUCAUCGUUUCCAGCGAGCGAACGAGACGCACGAUUUAAGCGGUUGCGGCCUGGCCAGCGGGGAGCGCGUUGUGCUUAGCGACCAGGGAGGUCGCUUCAUCGCCCUGGCAACAGGCUAUAUCUGUGAUAUAAGCAGGACAUCCAUUAGCUGUACAUUAGACAGGGACGUGUCAAAGCUCAGUGGGGAAGUGUUUCGAUUGGAUGUCGAUGAAGGAGUGAAUGGCCUCAGCACUCAUCUCACCAACCUCUCCAAGCUGAUGGAAAACAGUCAAGACGGUGAUCGUCUGAGGAAGUUGGUUGUCGAUCAUCGUUCGCCGGAGUUUAUUUCCAAUCUCAGUGACGUUCUACCCAGAGAGGCCAAAGAGACAGUGGCAAACAUCCUCAAAGGUCUCAACAAGCCCCAGAAGCAGGCCAUGAAGAAGGUGUUGUUGUCGAAAGAUUACACACUGAUUGUUGGCAUGCCCGGCACGGGCAAAACCACCACCAUCUGCACACUGGUUCGCAUCUUACACGCGUGUGGCUUCAGCGUCUUGCUGACCAGCUACACACACUCUGCUGUCGACAACAUCCUGUUGAAGCUGAAGCGCUUCAAAGUUGGCUUCCUGCGUCUCGGCCAAGGGCAGAAGGUCCAUUCAAGUAUCCUUCCAUACACGGAGGAAAGCAUCAGGAGAAAUGGAGUUCACACACUGUCACAACUGGAACAGCUUUAUAACAAAGAGCUGGUCGUAGGAACAACUUGCAUGGGCAUCAAGCAUCCCAUUUUCACAAGAAGGCGCUUCGAUUUCUGCAUCGUGGAUGAAGCGUCGCAGAUCAGCCAGCCCAUCUGCCUGGGCCCGCUGUUCUACGCCAACAGGUUUGUCCUGGUUGGCGACCACCAACAGCUGCCCCCGAUAGUGCAUCAUCAGGAAGCGAGGUCACUCGGGAUGGAUGAGAGUCUUUUCAAGCGACUCGAGUGCCACGGUGAAGCUGUGGUCCACCUCAACGUCCAGUACCGCAUGAACAGGCAGAUCAUGUCCCUGAGCAAUUGUCUGAUGUACGACGGCCGCUUGGAGUGCGGCUCGGAGAGGACUGCGUCUGCUCUCCUCUCCCUCCCCUCUCUGGCGUCCGUCCAGUCAGAGCUCAUUUUCCUCCCUGACGCGCAUCCCCAGCAGGAUCUGGCGUGGAUACAGGCCGCUUUGUUACCUAGCAAACCCGUUUGCUUCCUGGAUUGCUCAGUGGUGCCAGCUUUGGAGUCAAUGGGACAAGGAGGCAUAAGCAAUCACACCGAGGCGGCCAUCAUCCACCUCCUUCUGUCACUGUUGAUAAAGGCCGGCUGUAAGGCCAGUGAUAUCGGCGUCAUCGCCCCAUACAGACAACAACUGAAGAGUGUUUCGGCUCUGCUGCAUUCGUCUGCGUUUAGCGGCGUGGAGGUGAACACGGUGGACAAAUACCAAGGACGGGACAAGAGUGUCAUCGUGCUCUCUUUCGUCAGGAGUACAACAGAAGAAGAAAAUCUAGGAGAGCUGCUGAAGGACUGGCGCCGCCUGAACGUUGCCAUCACCAGAGCCAAACACAAACUGCUCAUGGUGGGUUCCGCGUCCACGCUCAGACGAUACAGCCCCGUGGAGAAACUACUCAGUCAUCUGGAGCAGGAGAACAUGAUAAUCCAGCUCCCUCCGUCAGCGCACAAAGCCUUACCCCUGAUGCUCCUGUGAUCACAUCGACGUCAGCAGCGACUGAACAAAACCUCGUCGGUCACAGUCUAGCAACUCACAUGUCUUUACAAGACCAGAAAUCCAUAUUCAUUUGCUCGAAUGAUCAAACACUGCUUUAUAUUUAUGCUCCAGGUGAUGAACCAUUGUGGGUUUUUUAGUCAAAUAAUUUAUAUGAGUAAUUUAAGGAUUUUUUUUCAAAUCUUUAACUAAGCUGACAUAAAUUACCUCUGUUUACCUGCCGUUAUUUCAUACUUGAAUACAUUUGAAUGCGACAUACUACUUUGUAAACCUGUGAAAAUGUCAAAAUUGUUGUGAUGUACAGUAUGCUGAAUCCUUUAAGUUAUUUAAAAUGGUGCAAAUGAACAGCCUCCUUCUUAUUGUGAUCAAAUAAAAUAUUUGAGUCGCAGAAGUCACGAGAUCGGCUAUUUGAGGAUACUGCUGCAGAUGCUACACAAGAGGAAGGACAACGAGAACUGACAUGCUUUCACUUAAACUUGAUAGUUGAACCAGUCAAACAUCACAUGUGAUGAUGAACUAAUCUGCUUUACAAUGUAAUUCUCCAAAUGCAUGAAUUAAUGAAUAAACUUGUCAUUUUUACCUUGGCGCUAUUGGAUCGUCUAUGAUUUUAUGUGUGCUAUUUUCCCUUUUUUGUGUGUGUGAGUAUCCUAUUGGAAUAAUAAAAUUUGCAAUGUACAUAUGA